AUGGCUAACCAGAAAAAGCAAGGAGAAAAGAAGAAGGAGGAGAAGAAGUCGAAUGACCAGCAGCAGAAGCAUGGAGUGCCCAAGCCAAAAGCCAAGCCCACCCCUUAUGCCACCAUACUGAAGGAAAUGAAGUCUACGGCCUUCUCCACAAGGUCUGCCAAAACCACCGGCCUUGCUCAAGCGCCCCUUCUGGGGACCAUUGUGUACAGUUGGUGGGCAUGCUGAAUCGAAUAACCCGCCACGACUUGCUCUACAAGAAGUCGGUGGUGCCAGCCUUGAAGAAGCUGGACGUCGUAUGGCGGCAUUAUUCACACCGCCACCCUGCUGAGGCCAAACAAGUUGAGGAAGAUCUCAUGGAGUUGGACAACCCAGAGCCUGAAGACCAGCCCGGUCCUUCCAAUUCAAAGGACAAUUCUUCAAAGGGCAAAAAGGCCAAGUCAAAGAAGGCAAAUGCAGAGGAAGAUCAAGCUGAGUAA